AUGGAAACCACCCACCGCAAAAUCGAACUCCAAUCCNCCCUCGACCUCACCUACCUACACACAAACGCAACCCUGUGCUUGCGCGAAAAACUCGAUCUACAUUUCCCUCCUUCGGCCGCGCCAGAAUCUGCGUCUGACGAUACACUUAAAUCCCGCGUCGAGGAAUUGGUGUCUGUAUAUCUGGAAAAGGUGUUUUCAGAUGCGAAAGCAAAUCUGGCGAUCAACGGGUUAGAGGGCAAGGAAAUGGAGGAGGUGGUGAAGAUGGCGGAGGGGAAGGGUGAAGGUGAGUUUUGCUUUUGCCGAUACUCAAGACGACAAGGAAGAAAGAAGAGUGCUGAUGGGGAGGAAAACACAGAACUCGAACCCUACGACUCCAAACUCUCGCAAAAACUGCAAUCCCUAUCCGGUCAAAUCGAGCACUUGACCCUCCAACUCGCCAACUUGCGCAGAGAAGCUCCUGCAAAAGCUGCUGCUGCAUAUACCGCAAACCUUGCAAACGAAGACGCGAUAUUCGAGCAGAGGAAAAAAGCUGCAGAAGGGNAAAAGAUGGCAAGACUACAAGAAGAGCAGGAUUUGUGUGGUGUCAGUGGGGUUAGGGAUUGGGAUGAGUGUCGGAGGAAUUGGGAGACGACGACGACGGGGCUGGUGCAGGUCAAGGAGAAUAUUGGCGCCACGGGGGCGAGGUUGGUGCAGGCGAGGGAUGCGGCUGCUUAUUUGGAUCAAGCUGGCAAAUGA